UGUUUUAAUAAUUGUAUUUGUGAAAAUUGUCUUCUAAAGUUAGUAGUCCACAGGGCCCCUUAAAACGUUUGCUGUGCCUCCGCCCCUGGUUAAAUAGUUCCCUUGCGGUUGCACAACGGUCGAAAUUAGGGAAAACUAAAUCGAAAGAUUUAUUAAUUAAAUUCACAAGUAAUGCUUCGUGCAGGCUGCCAACUAUUGGGCCAAGCCUCUGUGGCCAAGACAGGUAGCAACAAUUUUGCCCUCGAAUUUGUGCGUUGGCGCCGAAAGCCACGUUGGUUGCCGGUGGCCAAAAGUAAGCUAUUCCGUGUACCGGAGCGCAAGAAGCAAACAGAGGAGGAGCGGACAGAGCUCAUGAGGCUGCACAACCAAUACAAAACUCAACUCCGGUCAGUCCGUCAAUAUUUGCGUGAGGAAGUCAUCCGAUAUGAAGAAACAUCGACAGCUGAUCACAUAGUACUUACGCCCGAACAAGAGGAGGCCGAAUUCCAACGUUGUCUGGACGAGAAUGCCGCUUGGAAUGCAGCCAUUGCCAAAGAGCGUGAAAUCCGUUUGGCCAAGGAACGUGAUGAAAAGGUGGUCUAUGUCCAGGAGCGCUUAGAAGCCAAGAAACUGCGCGACGAGGAGCGCCUUGAGCGUGCAAAUGCCCGAGUGUUACACGAAAUUGAACAAUCCAAAACAUUUAUCACACGAGAGAAUCUAGAUGCUGCCAUUGAGACUGCCCUGGCCAAUCCUGUGGACCAUAAUUUUGCCAUUGACAUGGGUGGCAAUCUGUACUAUGGACGCAAUGCCACACAAUUUCCACAGGAAACCACCAAUGAGCCGCCUCAGCAGGCUUUAAGUAAUUGAUAAAAAAAAGUAAUAUAGAUUUUACGUCGAUUUGUUGUUAAACAUUAAAGAAAAAAACUAUUUUUUCUUUCAUAUGAAA